GUCCAAACGGUAAGCAAAAGGACAAAAAUAUUGGUGUUGGUAACAGAAAGAAAGAAGAGAGGGGAGAGCAUACAGAGAGCAGGCGAUAUUACCAUUGACAUAAAAAAGGAGUUUUAUAGGGAAAAAGCAAAGAGGGAGAUGAGAGGGGUCUCUUCAUUUCCCUUUCUUUUUUUCUUCCUUUCCUUUUCUCAUCUAUUCAUCACAGGCUUUUCAGAUGGUUCUUCUAAUCCCAAAAAUGGAACAAAAGUUGAUACUCAUGUUGCAUCCAGCAGUAAAACUGGGUCAACGAUACUCAUUGUAUGCCUUGCCCUUGUGGCGGUAGCGCUUCUAUCAUUUUUCCUUUUCAAGUUUUGGCAAAAGAAGAAGCGUGAAGAGCAGUAUGCUCGUCUGCUAAAGUUGUUCGAAGAAGAUGAUGAGCUUGAGCUUGAGCUGGGUCUUCGGGAUUAAAUUUUGUAUCAGAUGUUAAGAAUGAACGUGCUGAGAUUCAAGUAGUAUCUUAAAUGCACUUCUUGAUUCAGUGAUGACCAUGGCGGCAUAAUCAAGAGAAAUCUUCAUUUCACAAUUGUAGAAAUAUGUAUCAGUAUUAGCAGAAUCAAAAUUAUCAUACAUUCUGUUUUUUGGGGACGGAGAUUGAUGGAUAACAAAUAUUGCCAAAGGUCACCCUUCCAACUCGGCAGUGUAAUUCAUCCAUCUCAAGUUCACUCUGUAAUAGUUGUGUAGUAGGUAUUUUGCAGCUUGUUAGAUGAAUUUGAAAAUUGAAGAAUAAUUUUCACCAAAGCUCAAAUGAGCUGAACUGUUUUUAAAGUGUGCACAUUUACUUCUGUACCUCCAAUGUAUCGCUCAGCCUUUCUUUUUUC